CCCACCACCAUGCCGGAGAACGGCGAGACAGCGCCCCUCCUCGGGGAGAACAUCCCCAACCUCGCGCGCAACGCUAACGCUCCCCCCGACAACACUCGGCGCGCGGCGACGGUUCGCGCCAUCACCUAUGGCGUACUCACCACUGCUUUCGUCGUGGCACUCGUACUUUUCCUGUUCCUAUGGGAUACAUUUACCGGGAUCGGAACUCUGCCGAAGGAUCCGCACAAAGCUGCCUUGAUAGUGCUCAAGAACGCCCCCGUUAUCGAUGGCCACAUUGAUCUCCCUAUCCUUGUUCGUGAGCUGUUCGCGAACAACGCGUCUGCGGUGGAUCUGUCCAAGGAGUUCCCCGGGCAUCUCGACAUUCCUCGCCUGGCGGAGGGCAAAGUCGGCGGCUUCUUCUGGUCUGUGUACGUCGGCUGCCCCGGGCCUGAUGAAGGCGACGACUUCCUGAACGCAACUUGGCGCGUCCGCGAUACCUUGGAGCAGAUUGAUAUUGCGAAGCUGCUGAUCAACAAGUACCCCGAUACGUUCAGCUAUGCGCUCACCUCUAAGGACGUCAAGACCGCAAUCAGCCGUGGCAAGAUCGCCAGCCUGCUCGGUGUGGAAGGCGGCCACCAGCUCGGCAACUCGCUCCAAGUCCUGCGGCAAUACCAGGAGCUCGGCGUGCGCUACGUGACGCUCACGCACGCCUGCCACAACGCCUUCGCCGACUCGUGCGGGAUCCAGCCCGGGCUCGAGCCGCGCUGGGGCGGGCUCUCCACGUACGGCCUCGCGCUCGUCGAGGAGCUGAACCGCCUCGGGGUGCUCGUCGACCUCAGCCACACGUCGGACGACACCGCGAAGCAGGCGCUGCGGCACUCGAAGGCGCCGGUGAUUUGGUCGCACUCGUCGGCGCGCGCGGUGCAUGAUGUGCCGCGGAACGUGCCGGAUGAUGUUCUUGAGCUCAUUGGGACCGGGCCGAACCAGACUGACGCGGUGGUCAUGGUGAACUUUGCGCCGUACUUCGUCGCGCCGCCAGGCAAGGCCGAUCUGAACGCCGUCGCGAACCACGUCGAGCAUAUAGCCAAGAUUGCUGGAAAGAAACACGUCGGACUGGGGAGCGACUACGACGGCAUCGGGGACACGCCCGUCGGCCUUGAGGACGUCACGAAAUACCCCGACCUGAUCGCCGAGCUGUACAAGCGCGGCUGGAACGCCCAGGAGCUCGCCGGGCUGACGAGCGGGAACCUGCUGCGCAUCAUGGAGGGCGCCGAGCGCGUCGCGGCGGAACUCCAGCGGAGUGGCGCGCAGCCCGCCAUGGCGCGGUAUGACAAGAGGACCGACCUCUGAGGAGUGGUUGUUAUUUAAGUGAGGAUAUGCCCUCCAAUUGGAUAGCAGGCGGUGUGUUUUUGUUUUUCUGAUCUGUGCUAUGGUGUUGGAUCCGUCUGGUAUCCCCGAUGUACUAUCAUGUAUGCAGGGCAAUAACAUCGGUUUGUU